AUGAUCCUCGUCCCUACCGAUCUAUCAGCUUCUUUCCCACUGUGCAUUACCGGCUUCAGCUAUACAAACGCAGCUUAUCCUGGACUGCCGAGGACUGACUGUUCCGAUUGGCGCGCUGGACGUCGUGGCCUGUAUUGCACUCGGAUUACGUCACCGCCACAUUCUGCGACUCAUUCCUCGUCGAUCUGGUUUGGCUGGCAGCACGAGGCCUGCCGGAAAUGCAUGCGGCUGGGAGGGCGCCAGCGCACAGAACCUGAGGCUCUCACAUCUCGACAGAGAUUUUCGGUAGCAGAUAUCGCAUGGAGUGCGAUGAGUUUUUGUCGAUCAGAUCCGCCACUUGCAAGCUGCAAAGGCGCGCCACCGCUGCAAUCCCCCAAGCUAUUCGAGCUCGCACUGUGUGAAGAGGCUGCAGGGAUGCGCAACGGCUCCAGAUCUGCUGCCUCAUUCAAGGUGUUACAGACUUCUUUGAUCAGCCACAGAACCCAGAAAAGCGGGCAGCCGAGGGCCAGCGAACCCACUGUCCCAAGGAAUCCUUUGAUUGAGCGUCAUUUCAGGUCCUGGACAGAAGCUGAACGCUGCUUUGUUCUCAUCGCAGGAAACCACCAGAAGUCCAGCUAUCGAACGUACGACGGUACUAUCAUGCAACGGUCAGCCUACGGACAAGGGUCUACGCACGGCCAACAACCGGGUGGCGACACCUAUGGCAGCUCAGUACCGACUGCCUACAUGUAUGCAAGUCCGGUCCCGCCCAGAGAGAACAAGGAUCCUUGGCUGUUCGACCAAGACGGCCGCAUCUUCCACAGCGGGGCACCGUGGAUGGGUCUAGACUUCCCUCAACGCCGCCGGAUCGCAAAGCAGCAGGAUGUUGAUGGGGCGCAUCGAUGGGAAUAUAAUCUUCACGGGAAUGCAGCACGGCUACAUGGCAGUACACUGGAGCAUGGACUACCGCGGCAGUCGAUCACGUAUACUGAGCACUCAAGCGAGCAGGCUUGCCUGUCUUCGACCCACAAGACAGCGGCACCGCACACUGUCAGUGAAGAUCGAGAUCCUGGGCAUGGCCCUCCGUCCGACUCUGACAGGAGAUCAGACGAUCCAAUGUGGGACUUGGCGGACGAUACUGAUCUGGAAGAGGACGUGCAAGGGAUCAGUAGCUCCGAUGCUGCCCACUGUCACGCCGUGAUCGGGCGCGAACCGGUGAGAACCUCGCUAUCGACAAAUGAUGAGAACAUGGGCACAGCCCUCUCGAGUGAUCUCGCUGGUGCGGCAUAG